UUCCACAUCUUGCGGAGGAUAGAGCAGGACUGGGUGGAGAGCCAAGCUUGGGUACGUUAUAUAACCCCACAAUGCUGACCCAGCCUCGAACCCAAUAAGCUAGCAGCCUCUUCUCGCUUGCUCUACCUGCUGCUUGCAACCAUGGCACCCACCGUGAUGGCUUCCUCCGCCACCUCCGUGGCCCCUUUCCAGGGCCUCAAGUCCACCGCCGGCCUCCCCCUCAGCCGCCGCUCCUCCAACAGCCUCGGCCGCGUCAGCAACGGCGGAAGGAUCAGCUGCAUGCAGGUGUGGCCGAUCGAGGGCAUCAAGAAGUUCGAGACCCUCUCGUACCUGCCCCCUCUCUCCGUGGAGUCUCUCCUGAAGCAGAUCGAGUACCUGAUCCGCUCCAAGUGGGUUCCUUGCCUUGAGUUCAGCAAGGUCGGCUUUGUGUUCCGUGAGCACAACAGCUCUCCUGGGUACUACGACGGGAGGUACUGGACAAUGUGGAAGCUGCCCAUGUUCGGGUGCACCGACGCCACGCAGGUGCUCAAGGAGCUGGAGGAGGUCAAGAAGGAGUACCCGGACGCCUACGUCCGCAUCAUCGGCUUCGACAACACCCGGCAGGUGCAGUGCAUCAGCUUCAUCGCCUUCAAGCCACCGGGCUGCGAGGAAUCCGGCAAGGCAUAAACAACCAAGGACAGCUCCGUAUUAAGAUGGACCAUAUAUAAAGUGUCAGCUCAGUUUUGUCAACUCUGACAUUGCUUUGAGUUUUCUAUUUUUCAUCCCCAAGAUUGUUGUUGUGUGUAGCAACCUGGCUCUCGAUCGAGGAGCUAGCUUGCAUAUGUGAAUUCCUAAAAGUUUGAAAGAGUUGAGAAAAUCACUUUCUUUCUUAUAA